AGCAUCCAAAAUUUCAGGUGUUCUUAUAUAUUGACGUCUACGAGGAAGAUUUGGAACUCUGGACUUGAAGAGAGCACACCCUUGUCCGCCACAUCAGUUAGGCUUCCACAGAAGUUGAAAGAGGAGGAGAGACAGGGGAUAUGGCAUCUUUGCCUAUCACGUGUAAAGUGUUGUCGGCAACACUUUGGUUGCAAAAAAUCAUGUACAUAAAUACAAUUUGGCCUCUGCAUUGCCUCAUUCUUGAUAAGACAACUAUGAAGCACCACCCUGCCAGCACUUCAUCAACCAAGCGAAAAGAAACACUUUCAUGUUGCUACCUCAUAAGAAUACGCUUAGAAAUCGCCUCUUUUUUUUCUGCAAUUUCGCUUCGAAGUAUUCAAAAAAUAUUCGAGAAUUAUUUGAAAAAUAUUCGAUUCGAUUCACACUCACACUUCAAUGUUCGAAUUCGCUUUCGCACCCAAAAUUUUGCUAUUCGCACAGCUCUACUAUUACAUUAUUUUUUAAAUUAACUACAGAUUAGUCAACAGAGAUUUCUUAACAUUCAACGAAGAAGCCAAAGUAAUCACUCUAAUAUUUUUGCACGUCUACAAAUUAUCUUUCUAGCAUUUGCUUUUUCUUUUUUUUUUCACAAAUUCUAGUGCAGCACGCAUAAAUCUGGCUUUUCCUUAACAAAUCUCUGUGCAGUCUGCAAUGAACCAGAAACAAUAGAUCACUUUUUUCUAUCAUGCCGCCGUUUCGCCUCACUCCGUAGAAUGUUUCUGGAAAUGCCGACUGGUAGGCUUGGUUUACAAUUUACUACUUCUAGCCUGUUGUCGUUUGGAGCGAAUCAGUUUGGGGCAAGCCGCAGUGUUAUUAUAACUGCGCUACACAAGUUCAUUCAAGCAACAGGAAGAAUACGCUGCUAGUGAUACCGACCAUGGAAACCAAUUUUUUUUUUCCUUUAUUAUUAUUAUAUAUAUAUUUUUUCAAUCGUUAUCCUAUGGCUUUGUUAACUUCUUAACUCUCAUUUUUAUUUACAUCGCAUUUCAUGCUCUAUCUUUUUUUUUUUUUUUUGAAGUUUCAUAGGGUUUACAUUUCCCUAUGUAAUUGUAAGUGUGGCCAAUCCCCCUUGUGGGUAUGAGCCAGUCUCCUUAAGGCAAACAAACAAACAAACAUACUCGUGACGGAUUCUCCGUAGUGGGUUGAAUCAUACCCGUAGAUGAAUGAGAAGCAGAAUGGCUUUAUUUCAUUUCGUAGUUAGCAGCGUAAUAAGGAUUGCGUUCGCACUGUUGCUGAUCUACGCUCACCUACAAGCCUGCCAGAUCAAGGAUUUCUUCAGAGUUGGAGACGGCAGCAGGGAUGUCGCUUUCCGAACCGUAUCAUCAUACUCUGGAAGGACUGGUUUGGAAAUACCUUUCGUCAUCGUGUUUGCUGUGCAAACGCUGUACAAACAGCAGAUAUAUGCUAUUCUAUCGGACAGAGCACAAGCAAGAGCUGCUCAAGUACCCGCAGCCCGGAGACAGGCCUUCAUACAAUUUGUGGAGUCUUGGUCGUCUCUGAUGAAGACUGAGGAUAUUUAUCUGACAGCGAUUCCUAUAGUAACAUCUGAGAUGACAGCAAGUGGACAUGCCACUUUUGUUGUAGUUUAUGGCAUAAUUUCUAUGAUAAACAGACUGAAGUUUUUGAGUGAGGCUUACUGGGCAACCAACCAGCUCACGGACACUGAUUUAAUCCAGUGGACAUUGUUUAUUAUCAGCUGGAUCUUAUUCCUAAUACUGCUUGUCACAGGAGCUCUUGAUGCCAUCUUCCAGACUGCCUUGAGUCAUGAAUGCCUAGCGAUUUCUGAGUACGCGACGUUUGUCGUGGAAUCGUACUGGAGUCUCCACGACGCCUUGUUGUAGUUACGAGCAGCCACCAAGUGAUGAUCAUGCGCCGAGGCAUUCAUUUCUUCUACUGAAGCGUGAUGUGAUGAGAUUUUGACUACAGUGUCUGCACUGGCUUUGUUGUGUCAUUGUUCUGAAGAUAAAACACGUGCUAGUGGCUGUCACCGAUCCCAUUAAUGGGAGGCAAUCGCCGGGCAGAUUCCAAGGGCUGACAUAUCGGCCCCCCGAAACGCACCACGAAAGCGCGGACAAUUUAACCUUUUAGUGCGCCAGCGAAGGCCGGUUGUGGUCCAAAGACAGAGUCAGAGCCAAGUGUUGAUAACACAAAGAAAAUAUAUUCUCAGUUAACGCAGUACGAGCAUCACACAAACAUGUACACUCAGCUGGUAUCAAUUACAACUCUCAAUAUAACUUAGUCUGGAUAUGGAUAUCACUAUACAACACGUAAAAGCGAAACAAAUAUUGUGAGUGCGGAGAAGAGACAAAAUAAUGUGUCCUAGCACAGGUUGAGAAGCGAAGCGCAGCUCGGCUGUCGCGCAGGUAACUCGAACUUCUCGUAACACGGAAUGCAAACGAUCACUGCUACAAAUGAUUUUAGGGGCUUCUUUCGUCUUAAUGAACAAAGGUGGUAAUGUCACUACAAGAAACUGGUCGUCGGAAUUCUCUACAGCCAAACCACUUCAUCGAAUGCGUUUAAGCACAUUCGGCAAACAAACUUGCAAACUCCUCGUGGAAAAUGAUUUAGAGCAACCGCUAACAUAACCGAUACCAAGCGAAAUUUCCGUCUGCGCGUCAGCUGGCAUCAAUCGGCUCACGAGAAACUGUCGACAAAUAGCUUUGCAUGCUUACAACAUUACUAAAAAAUUCGUGGUGCCAAACAAAAAUAAAUAAGUAAAAAAAAAUGUGGUGUGUGACUUCUCUCUUGUGUCUGUGUCUGCACGCCCUGUCUCUUUAACAUGAAGAAAUUCACUGUAGUGUAACAGCGGGAAAAUGUUCGAUUUGCCCUGUAGCUUUUUUUUUUUGAUAAGGAUAGCGCUUGCUUCUUCGUAACGACCAAAUAAAAAGUUCCGCUGCGAAGCGGAAAAGUCGCACCACACAGCAGCGCAGCACGCCUUCUUUCGUAGUUUUGUGACAUUUGGAGAGUGACACCGAACACCAAAAUUCUGACCUUCAAGGCAUACUAUAAUAAAAAAAAAUUCUACACAUGCACAUGGUAAAAGCGCGGCAAGAGCAGACAAACGAAAUGGCAGC